AUGGUUCAAGUAUACAAAAAGACCCACUCCUACCCCGAACCACCGGCCACAUCCCUCCUCGCCUUCUUCCUCCGCUAUCCCAACCCAUUCGCCCGCCAUGUCCUCUCCGUCGACGUCCUUGACCGCACAGUUGACCCUGUGACGGGCCGCAUACACACGACCCGGCUGAUAUUAAAACGCGGCAUCCUGCCCAAAUGGGCGACAAGAUGGCUGCCUUCGAGCGCCACAUCAGGUGGGAGUGGGCUGGAUGCGUGGAUAUACGAGGAGAGCAUUGUGGAUCCCCCCGGAUGGGGUAAAGGGAGAAAGGAUCUUGGGGCGGAGGGAGAGGACUUUGGGAAGCAGCCGAGACUGAGAAUGCAGCAGGGGAAUCUAAAUCACCGAAAGGCGAUGCAUGUGAUUGAGGGUGGGGAUCUGAGAGCUGGGCCCAAUGGGACAACGCUACAUCACACGACCGCCGAGGUCCGGUCAUACCUAGGCGGGACAUGGUCAAGUCUCAUACGGAAGCGGAUAGAGUCGUAUGGCCUGGGCAAAUUUGAGGGCAAUUCAGAGACAUCACGGAAAGGCAUGUCCCUCAUCUUGCAACUGCUGCGUUACCGCCAUCCCUUGCCCGAGACUGCCGAAUUCGAAUUCUUUCCACCGCCGCCGCCGGGCUUUAGCGAGAGCUGGACUGAUAUGCCAGAAGCUGCCAGCCGGCAAGAACCGAAAGAAGGAUCACCCAAGAGUUUCUUUCUGUCGCCGGCGAGUCUGAGAGCAUGGGCGCGAAAGAGAAGAGAAGAUUGA